AUGGACGUCUUCAUGGAGGAACGUACAGUGUUUUUAAUAAUCAAUAACUGUGUAUAUUUAAAUAAACAUUAGUUAGUUAACGCGCGCGUGAUAUAUUUUUAAUCUUUUUAUUAACAAUUAUUUUAACAAUCAUUUUAUUAAAUAUAUUAAAUAUUAUAGUGAUAUGUCGUUCGCAAAAGCUAGAAUUCAACGGUUCAAUGAUCUUACAAAUAAGGUACCACCACCUGGUGCAUAUGAUCCAAAGUUUGGCCCAAAAGUAAAAGGGCUUGCAAUAGAGAAAAGAGAAAGAUUUCAGGAUAAUAAAAGUGUAACGAGCAAUAGCACGGAAUCAAGUUUAACUGUUUCCAGAAACAGUGCUAGAAAACAACUGCCUGAAAAAUUUGUUGCUCCAAUAUGUGUCAAAAAACGUGUUAUAGUCAAACCAAUGAGUACAAGUCUUACAAAAGAAAAAUUGAAGUCCACGAACCAGAUUAACAGUAAAAGUGUUAAUAAACAACAGUAUAAUUCAACGCAUGAGUUAUUGGAGUUAAAAGUUGAGUGUGAAAAUAAAGAUAGAACUAUACAUGAACAUGAGAAACAAAUAGAAGAAAUGAAAGAAGAAAUAUGCAAACUUGAAGUGCAAAUAGAAGAAUUACAUAGAAAACAAAUUGAAGUCGAGGAACAGCAUAAGAAAGAUAUAGAAACUAUGGCUAAAUUACAACAGGAAGUUUUAGAUAAUCACGAUGAAAGACAUCAAGCUGAAGCAAAUGAGCUUCGUACUAAGCUAUUAGAUAUAUCGAGAGAAAAAGAAGAAGAAAUAUCUGCUAGAAGAACAGUGGAAAAGGAAUUGAGAAAUCGUGUUGCUGAGUUGUCUGAAAGAAUAUUACAUUUGGAAUCAGAAUUUGCCAAAAAGACAGAAGCAAAUCAAGCAUUGAUGACAACAUUAGAGAUAAGAAAUGAAGAAUUAUUGUCAAAAUUAAAAGCGUUGGAGGAAGAACGUAACAUUCAAAUUGAUUUAUUAGAAAAAGAAAAAUUACAGUUAACAUUAGAUGUUAAUGAUUUGACGGAGAAUAAGUGUGAACUUGAAGCUAAAUUAGAGAAAAGACAGAAUGUUAUUUUAGAACUUCAAGGACAAUUAUCAACUCUUCAAUGCGAGUUAGACGAAUUAAGAGCAGAAUACGACAAACUCGUAUAUGAUUCUACAAUGGAAACAAAUCAACUUGUUAAGGAGCAUAAUAAAGAAAAAGAAACAUCAAUUGAUUGGUUUUUGAAAGAAAAUCAAAAACUUGAACAGGAACAUGAACAGACAAAAAUGACAGUAGUCAAAUUAGAAACCGAUUUAGAAAAAGUGACUGAAACUAAUACCUGUCUACAAAAUGAAUUACAAGACAUGAAAAGACUUUACACAGAUGUAAAUCAACAGUUGACGCAGGCUCACAAAGAAUUAGAAAGUGCAGAAGAAAAACACGAGCUUCUGUUAGAAAAACAUGAGACUGAGAUAGAAGCUUUAAAAAAGAAACACCAUGAAGAAAACUUACAAUUACAGCAUCGAUUAGAAGAAAUUAGAAUAAAUUACAUAAAUGGAAUAGAAAAUUUGUGCCUAGCGAAAUUUAAAGAGACAGUUGAUAUAAAAAAUAAGGGUCAACACAUUGAGGAAGAAAAUAACCAAAUUAAGGAAAUCGAGGAUAUUAUAGAAGGUUAUCUUGAUUAUCUUCUUCCAUUUGAUAAUGUAAUACAGAUGGGAAAAAUUAGGGCUAUAAGUUAUGACCAUGACGGAAAAGUAAAUAUAGUCUGCAAAGAAGCUACAUCUGAAGUCGAAGGAGAGAUGAGUCAUAUUAACAAUAUAUUUAUGAGACGUUUAACAGUACUAGAGAGUGAACGUGCUGCAUUAAAAAGUAAAUUAGCAUUAAAAGAUGAAGAAAUAGAAGCACUUUCUUUUCAAAUCAAGGAAUUGAAAUAUUCUGCUGCAACUCAGGAAAGUUUUAGUCAAAGUUUACAAAUAGAAUUAGACAAAGCGGAAACUGAAUUAAUAGAAAAAAAAGCAGAACUUAAAGCAUUGAAAAACCAAAUACGUUCGGAAGCUGCAGAAUUGGUGUCUAGAAGAAAGAGGUUUGAAAUAAUUAUGACUGAAAAUAAAGCAGCAUUUGCUGCAGUUUCGGAACAUUUAGCACAGAGUAACGCCGAGGUAGAAAGAUUGCAAUAUGAAUUGAAAUGUGCAGAAGAUAAUAUAAAGGAUUAUCAAGAUUUCCUUAUUUCUAUAUAUAAUAAUACUAAAGUGGUACAAAAUUAUACAAAACAGUUAGAUGCAAAUAGACAAAUCGUUAAUCAAAUUGAAGCAGAUAGUAUAUCUCAGUGUGAAACUUUGAAGAAACGUUACGAAAACAAAAUCGACGAAUUGAAACAAGUGGCAUCCUUAGAAAUUACUCGACUUUGUGAAGCAGUGAAAAAAAAAUCCAGCCAAUGUGCAGAGAUGAAGAAACAGUUAGAUGAAAUGGCUGGUUCUUUGUGGUCUUCACAAAAUUUGUUAGUAAAUUUAGAACAAACGAACGAUGAACAUCUCAUUAAAAUUUCCCGAUUAGAACUUGAAAAUAUUAAACUUAAAGAAAUAUUACAAAAGCAAGAAGGAAAAUUAUCUGCAACAUGUAAUCCUAUUGACGAGGAAGCGUAUCAUCAAAGUUUAGAACAGUCACAGAAAGAGAAAUUAGAAGAAAAUGAUCGAUGUGAAGAUAACAAAUGUUUAUUAAUUGAAAAGAAAACAGAAGAAUCUUACGAGGAAAAACUUAUAAAUGAUUUAGCUGCGGAAAGAGUACUUCGUGAAAACAUUGAAACAAAAUACAAGAUAUUAACUGAAAGUAAUGAUCUACUUAAAAAGGUCUACGAUGAAACGUAUGAUAAAUAUGUUCAAGCAAGAAUUAGCCGUCACAGUUAUCGAAGAAACCUUGUCCUGCUAAAAGAAACAAUUCAUCGACUGGAACAGGAAUUGGAAUCUAAAAACAAGCAACUGGAGCAACUCCAACAAAACAUUACAACGGAGAAGGUAAAACUUCAACAAAAGCGUUCACAAACUAAAGGAAAAGAAAACGUGAUAGGAGGAGGAAUUUCGAAAAGUAAUCACACCACACCCACAUCUUCACCGCAUAAAUCAUUGACGCCUCUUCGGGAUCGAAAUGAAUAAUUUAGUUAAAUAAUUAUGACCAAAAAAAAAAAAAAACAGACUUUUUCAAAUUACCAUGUGUAAAAAUAGUUUAAGCACGUUCCUCUUCUCGUUCCUCCCCCAAAAUACAAGCUGAUUUCAACAUUAAUCGUUAAUGUAUGAUAUUUGAUAUUUUAAUGUUUUAUUUCCCUUUUUUUUUUUUUCUUUAAUUAUAGAAAAAGAAAUUAUUUAUAA